CAUUUAUAACUUUUUGCUGUUUAGGUUUACAAGUAGCUUCAUCCUGUCAAAAACUUCUCCUUCUUUUCUUAUAUUCUCUCUAAAUACAAAGAUCCUGUAAAUCUUGAUUCUCCUUCUGGGCAUCUCUAUCAUCAACAAAUGCUUCCAACAAAAAAUGGACAGUGUCUUUCUGUAUAUCCUUUUCCUGCAGAAUAGUUACUUGACCAUGAGAUUAAUUUCCUAUACUAUCCUUGCUUCCAGAUAUUAUUUGCUUUCCCAACCUGAAGAGGAUUCUCCUAGUUAAGGCUUCAGAUAGAUAAUUUUCACUUAUCCAGGAGAGCGAUAUUGGCAUUUUUCCCUCCACUUAUGUGUUCUCCUGUCAAAUCCAAGUCUCUCCCAUCAUCUUUUUGCUUUUCUUGUUCUUUCUUAUUCUUUUUCUAUUUUCUUUUAAAAAGAAAAAUUUUAUUUUAAAUUAUUGUGGGUUAAGCCAAGGUUUUCACUCCAAAUGGUUGCUGGGACAUACGACUUCUCACGUGCGGUUAUGAAAAUGGCAUGGAUCAUGCUCAGGAUUGACUACUCAAGACUCUUCUGGCUCCUCUUUGGUGUCUUCUCCUAUGAAAAUCAUGAAGGAAAGCCCCGGAUUUAGAAUCUCUUUCUUGGUCAUACAUAAUUAUUCUACCUUUUAAGGAUCACUUUAUUAUUUUGUAGCUAGCUAGUAGUACUACAUACCCAUCACAUAAAAAGUAGAGUUUAAAAAUCUUCCAAAAUUAUUUCCCCAGAAAAAGGGUUAGCAAGGGAAACUGCAGGAGCCUAGCACAGAAGUCGAAAAUUAUCCUACUUAUUCCUGAAACAACAUGUUUACAAAAGAAGCUGGCUUGCAUACACAUGAAACCAACCCUGAUCAUGGAUAUGUCGAAACCGAUCCUACAGGCCGGUAUGGAAGGUUAGAAGAAGUUCUGGGAAAAGGGGCAAUGAAAACAGUGUACAAGGCAAUUGAUGAAGUCCUAGGAAUGGAGGUGGCAUGGAAUCAGGUCAAACUCAAUGAGGUUCUUCGCUCACCGGAAGACUUGCAGCGGCUGUACUCCGAAGUUCACCUUCUCAGCACCCUCAACCAUGACUCUAUCAUCCAAUUCUAUACCUCCUGGAUCGAUGUUCACAGAAAGACCUUCAACUUCAUCACUGAAAUGUUUACUUCAGGGACUCUCAGAGAGUAUCGGAGAAAAUACAAGCGAGUAAAUAUUCAAGCUAUUAAGAACUGGGCUCGACAAAUCUUACAAGGCCUUGUGUAUUUACAUGGCCAUGAUCCUCCAGUAAUUCAUAGAGACCUCAAAUGUGACAAUAUCUUUGUCAAUGGCCAUCUUGGACAGGUCAAGAUUGGUGAUCUUGGCCUUGCAGCAAUCCUCCGAGGUAGCCAAUUAGCACACAGUGUUAUAGGCACCCCUGAGUUUAUGGCACCAGAAUUAUAUGAAGAGGAAUACAAUGAGCUUGUUGAUGUCUACUCAUUCGGCAUGUGUGUUUUAGAGAUGCUCACAUCUGAAUACCCUUAUAGCGAAUGUGUUAAUCCAGCACAAAUUUACAAGAAAGUUACUUCGGGGAAGCUACCCGCAGCGUUCUAUAGAGUUCAGGAUUUAGAAGCACAAAAGUUCAUUGGAAAAUGCUUAGUAGCAGCUUCAAAGAGAUUAUCAGCCAAAGAGCUACUGCUUGAUCCAUUUCUUGCAUCUGAUGAAGCUGAAUCACCUCCUCUUUCAAGGUCUGAGAAUCAAAAGCCAUUUUUGAACGACAGUGAAAUGAAGAAACUGCAUUUGAAUGAUCCACCAAGGACAGACAUGACAAUUACUGGGAAGCUGAAAUCUGAAGAUGAUACCAUCUUUCUUAAAGUACAGAUUGCAAAUAAAGAUGAUUCCUGUUCUGGUGCUUUCUUUGCAGGUUCUCUUAGGAACAUAUAUUUUCCUUUUGACAUUUUAAAUGAUACAUCAAUGGAUGUUGCAAUGGAGAUGGUAAAGGACCUAGACAUAGAUGAUUGGGAGCCAUUUGAAAUUGCUGAAAUGAUUGACGGAGAGAUUUGUUCUCUGGUGCCAAAUUGGAAGAAAUGGGAUUUGCCUCAAAUUGAAGCCUACCAUACAUUCAACUAUCAAGAAGAUGACGGACUUGAUCAUCCUUUCCACUCUUCCUCCUCGUGUUCAUCAUCUCAAGCAUCCUUGUCAGGAUUAAUGGCACAAUGGGUCCCAGAUGAUUUGAUUGAUGAUACAAGCUCUGAGAGCUCUUCACACUCAGGAUCAUAUUCCAAUUUGAAUUACGUUUCUAGCGAUGAUCACAAAUUCAACACGAGCACGACAAGGAGACCAGAUAAGCAUCCCAUGACAAGGAAUCAGAACUCAACAAGAUUUUGUCCUCGAGACAAUUCAAGUUCUUAUAUCGGUCAGGCAAUUGCUAGAGAUGCCUACAAAUACUGCAAGGUUUUGCUGGAGUCACAAUCUGGAGCUUCGAGCUCUAAACAAAAAAGGGUGAUGGACGGCCGUAGACUUACAAGGAAUCGAUCGCUGGUAGAUAUUCGCAGCCAACUGCUGCAUCGAUCCCUGGUAGAAGAAGUGAACAAAAGAAGGUUGUUCAAGACAGUAGGAGAUGUCGAAAAUGUUGGUUUUCAGGCACCACUUGUUGAUUCUAAAAAGGGUUCACAUCGGAAUUCGAGCAGAAGAAAAUAAAUAUGUUUUUUUCUUCUUCUCCAUAAUGAUUUAUGAGGUGAGGUUAGUGCUGAGAAUAAGAACUAAUGGGCAGUAAUCCCUGCCAAAUAAUAUCAGGAUUUCAAUUAGGAGAUAGGCAGACUCCAUGAUAUCCAAUGUACAUAUAUAUAGGUAGAGUUCACUUUUCUUUCACAUUAGUAUUCCGGAAAAGCCAGAAUUCGGGAUCCUGUCAACUGUUUGAGAGUGGAUGUAGCAGUAAGUUGACAAACAUUAGAAUGUUAGUAAAUCUUGGUUUGAGAUUUGAGGCUAUAAGCACUAUUCAAUAAAUUGUAAUAAUGUGGCUACAGGAGUUGAGAGACCAAUCAUAAACAUUUCUCUACAGCCAUGAAUUUAUUGCUGAUGAGUUUGUCAAAGAAACAUAUGCCAUAAAGUUGUUUUCCAA